AUGCUUCUUGUAGGUUGACCGUUGAUGUGGUUUUAGAUCAUUCGUCAAUCGUCAUGGUGUUUAUGUAAAGAGAUGUCGUAUAAUAGUGCUCCGCGCGUUGUGUUACAAGUUUUUUCCGUAUCACGAAUCCAAGCCCGAUUGAGUGACGGCGCGACGAUGAGAGUUGUGCGUCAUUAGUGUUCCGUUUUUGAAGAGGUGAUCUCCGAUGGAAGGACAGGUCCCCUUUGGUCAAUUGGUUCAUACCUGCUCUCGUCUUCACGGCUGAAAGGGAUGGUAUCUGUAGCUGGUAUAAGGUUUGGUGAAGCUGGGCGUCCAGUGCGUGUCAGGGAAGCGAGUAGCAAUUAAAAUAAUUAACAGAGAAAAGUUAAGUGAGUCGGUUUUACAAAAGGUUGAAAGAGAAAUAGCUAUUAUGAAAUUGAUAGAGCAUCCGCACGUCUUAGGGUUAUAUGAUGUUUACGAAAAUAAAAAAUACUUGUAUCUGGUGCUAGAGCAUGUGUCCGGGGGUGAACUCUUUGACUACUUGGUCAAGAAAGGUAGAUUAACGCCUAAGGAGGCCCGUAGAUUCUUCAGACAGAUCAUAUCCGCCUUAGAUUUCUGCCAUAGUCAUUCUAUAUGUCACCGAGACUUAAAGCCGGAGAACUUAUUAUUAGACGACAAAAACAACAUCCGAAUCGCGGACUUCGGCAUGGCUUCCCUCCAACCAGAAGGCGCGAUGCUCGAGACUUCGUGCGGUUCCCCGCACUACGCCUGCCCGGAGGUUAUCAGGGGUGAAAAAUACGACGGUCGAAGGGCGGACGUGUGGUCCUGCGGUGUGAUCCUUUACGCCCUCCUUGUGGGAGCCCUCCCUUUCGACGACGACAACCUGCGCCAGCUCUUGGAGAAGGUGAAGAGGGGCGUCUUUCACAUACCCCACUUCGUGCCCCCAGAUUGCCAGGACCUCCUGAGGGGUAUGAUCGAGGUCAACCCCGAAAAGCGCACUACGCUGGAGGAGAUCAACAAACACGCCUGGGUGGUGGCUGGGGGCAAGGGCGAACUGGAGUUGGAGAAGCCCAUGAUGGAAGUCGUCCAGACACACGUCCUGCCGACGAGGGAAAGCAUAGACCCGGACGUCAUCAAGAACAUGGCCUCCCUCGGCUGCUUCAAGGAUAAGGAUAAGGUCAUCGCCGGCCUUAUGGAUCCUUGCCACAACACCGAGAAAGUCAUCUAUUUCCUCCUGCUGGACCGUAAGCGGCGGAAACCUGCCUGCGAGGACGAGAACGAAAUCAUCCACCGGUAUCGCUCCGAAUCGGCCGACCCGCCCAGAAAGCGCGUGGACACCUGCGCCGUCAACGGCACCAUGUCCCACUUCGAACGGCUCUCCGAGGGGUCGCCCAUCACCCCGCGUCGAAACGCUACGCAUCAGUCGUCCCACACAUUACCGUGCAGCCGCCGACGGUCGGGAAACAACAACAGCGGAUCCCACUCGCCCCUUCACUCGAACAACGUCACUCCGACGGGGUCCCCGCUCUCCUCCCCCCGGACGACACGCCACCACUCCCAUCAUCACUACCACUCCCAUCACACCAAUAGCAGCAGUACUGGCAGCACUGGAUCUGGCAACACCGGCAGCAGUAGCAACAGCCACCAGCAGUCCGGCAACGUCACGUCAGGCGACGAGGGCAGUCCGCCGUCAGCGCCUGGCUCGCCAUACUCGGCGCCAUAUUGGAAAUCCCGACUCAACACCAUCAAGAACUCGUUCUUAGGUUCCCCGCGCUUCCACAGACGGAAAUUGCAAGUCCCAACAGAUGAGGUCCACUUGACACCUGAAUCAUCCCCUGAACUGACCAAGAAAUCCUGGUUUGGAUCUUUAAUGAGCACAGAACGCGAUGAGACUUAUACCAUCCUGGUCAAGGAUAAGGCUCUUGCCACUGUCAAGGCCGACCUCAUUCAUGCCUUCCUUUCAGUAGCAGAACUGAGUCACAGCGUGACCUCUCCGAUGAGUUUCCGAGUGGAGUACAAGAGGGGCAGCACGGGACCCGCCAUGUUCCAGAGACAUGUGCGGUUCCAGGUGGACAUCACGCCGGUGUGUCCUCCCAAUGACCCCAAUCCACUCUACGCCAUUAACUUCAUCCUCCUCUCUGGUAUGAUGGGUAACAUCCGGCGUUUUAGAAGAAUAUGUGAACACAUCCAGUCUCAGGUGUGCAGUCGGCGCCCUCCGGCUUCGCCAAGGGUCGGGCGGAAGUUCACCACGGAGCUUUCGGAGUCGUCCUCCUGCGGCUCCGACACUUCGGAGAGAUUGUCGCCCUUCCCGCCCGGGAAACAGGGAGAGAGUGACGUCGAGAGCGACGUGUCGCAGUCUGAGGGCAAGAGUUUGUCUGGAGGACGGAGCGGCAACGACUCCGCAACCCCGAACGUGUCCAACGGCCGCAGCUCCUCCGACCCGGAGACGCAGCAGCUGGCGUCCUCCGAGGCUGGCACGUAGUGUAGGGCGUGAAGGGCCUCCACUGGUAGCAUUGCGAUGCCGUGUGCACAGCCGCCCCCUACUGCCUCUCCCCUUCCUGCCAGCCGGCCCAUGUGAUCAGGCCCAGCGUUCCGUCGAAGAAUAAACAUUUGCUCAUCCAGAAAGAAUACAGUUAGGGAUGCAUAAUGCUAAGGCAAAAUACUGACUGAAUUAGGAUUUGCCGGUGAUCAGGUUAGCUGAAUCGAACGUAAGACAAACAUGAUUUCAAAAGAGAAAAGUUGUAACAUUUGUCCUACUUCUGUUUGGUGAGGGGUUUUCAUUGGAGUUAUUUGUCUUCAGUCCUCAUGAAUGAAAGGAGCUAGACAGUGAUCAUUGGAAGUGGCUAUGUCGGUGUGGAGUUUGAAAGUGAACUGUUUCGUUUUCUUUUUUAUGUGCUGAAGAAAGUGGACAAAAAUACUGUUAAAAAAAGUUUCGUGUUCUUUUUUAAACUAAUUAUUUAUAGGGUUACUGUUCUCUUGUCUCACUGGAGAAGAAUGGCUGUCAUCUCAGGUUUUUUUUUAUUAUUUGUAAUCAGAAAACAAAAAUUUAAGGUCAUCAUUUGCAAAAGAGGUCACAUUCAUUGUUGUUGGACCCCUUUUUCAACCUUGUAAUGAUUGGCAAUGUAAUUUUUUUUUCUAAAAAGAAAACGUCCUUUGAGUGUUGUUCACUGGUGACAGGAUUGAGAUGAGAAGGGGUCUGUGUUACACGUAACCGAAGGAAGAGAAAUCGAAUUCCUCCUUGUUCUGUGUACCUGGCAACUUGGUGAAGGGUAAAAACGAAUAAAAAAAUUGAAAAAAAAGACGAGGAAAAGAAACAAUAUACCUAUGGAAAUGGUGAAGGUCCUUUGAAGACUUUUGCUGAAACUGUGCACGACCGUCUUAAUGAAACGCAUCUCAAUUGUUGUCAUUACUUGCAUAACCUUAUAUUUAGUGAAGAAAACACGGUUGCAUUGUUAUGUAGUUUUGAGUAAGACCCACCACUGAUCUGUGUGAAAAAGCGUAUAAAUCUCAAGACAAUAUUCUGAAAGAGAGAAAAUGAAUGCAUGAUUAGAGCUCUUGGAUACUUAGGCCCCCCCCCCCCCCCCCCCCCCCCUCCACCCAGCUGUCCACUAUCAAGUAAAAAAAAUAAAAAGCAGAAAAAAAGGAUUUGUAACCUGUUGUUAAAUGAUAGAUCACCUGCAUUUUUAAUAAUGUUAUUUUUUCAAUUUACUCAGAUUCAUUGUCGUCAUUAAAAGGAUCAUUCCACUUAUUCAACCAUUAAACCCUAAAGUAAGUAAGUGUAAGAAGAAACUCUUGAGGAAGAAGAAUGUUGACGCUGAUGCAUCUUUAUGCAAUAGAUUAAACUAAUUCUCUAUAGUGGUGAUGAACAAGAUGGCAAGAGACUCUUUCGAAAACCAAAAAAUAAAAAUAAAAAAAGUGUGCCAAAGACAAUGGGAAAUUUUUGCAUUGUGGACAUCCUGUUACUCGUAGCUUCCUGAAUCCACCACCAAGUGACACUAAAUAUACCUGGCUCUUUUUUUUUUUUCAACCUCACGCCUCUGCGGCAGGAGGGCCACUCAAGCUGCUGACAUCGGUGUGGCUGCUUUAGCUGCGAUCUUCCUCGAGAUUUUGACCCGUGAAGGAUUCAAGGAAAAGAAUAAAAGACACAACAAACACAUAGAUGAUGCGCAGUGCUGAAAGUGCAUCGUUUUGGCGAAGCUUUGGCGACCCUCCAGGUCGCCUCUGUAGCAAUAACAUAACUUCGGAGAAGAAGAAGAAAUAACAAAGAAGCAAAUACACCUGUCUCUGCUUAGAGGUCGUAUUAGAAACUUGGAAAUUAGACUUCUAUACUUUCCAACGCGCCGUUGCUUCUUAUUUUGUGCCGAACCUCUGCAUCAGAAUUUUUAAAAAGUAAAAAAAAAUAUAUAUAUAUAUAUAUAUAUAUCAUAUAUAUCAUAAGAAUUCCACCGCGCACCGUAGCCUCAUUCCGCAGCAAAGACCCUGAAUGGCUGUCUCAUAGGGAUAUUUUAGGAAAACACCAUUUUUUUUUAUAAAAUUUCCAAAAUUUACGACUCUGCUUGUUGAUUUAUAUGUUUGUCAUUAUAUGCCUCACCUCAUUUUUGUUUUUGCUUUAGAUGAAUUUGAAAGUGAGGGUGAACACUAGAAGUAGGUAAAAGGCUAAAUGGUGUUUGAAUUCAUGCAUUUGAGUGUUACUGAAGAAAUGUUGCCGUUGUGUAGAAUCCAAUCAAAACGUGGCGGUUCAUACCAGCUCUGUUUCUUUCAGAUAUGCUUGGCACAGUGUCUACGAGAAUCCACGUUGCAUUACCUCAAUCUUCUUUAAAUUUUGACCGGAUGGAUAGCCACAGACACUGGGGAGAUGCGGGAGAAUUUUCGAGCUUAAAAAUUGGGUCAAGGAAGGGUUCACGUCCUCCAGAACUUCUGGCUCGUUUCCACAUCUUCUUUAGAAUUCAAAAUAAUAAAACAAAAACGCGAUGAAACCCGUAUUGGUAGGAGUUUUCAAUGAUUCGUCUGUCAUAACUGUCAGGUGUCACCCCAGUAUGUGGUUAUCCUCUCUUGUAAUCGUACAAUUAGUGAUUUAACGGCUUGUACUGAGCUUGUCAUGAGUGGGUGGGAGGGAGAGAGAAAGACAGGAAGGAAUAAGGAAUGCCGAAGACAGUAAGUGAAUCAAGUCUUGCCAACGGUGCCCUAAGAUACAUACCUCAAAUGUGGCAUAGACCAAAGAACCAGGGCUUAAUGUUCUUAAACAAUUCAAGGCACAUGCACGCAUCUGCAUCCAUGCACAAAACACAUCAACAGUUAAAAAUAUGUCAUUUCCCAGAGGCAUAUCACAUAUACACGCACCACUGACUACCAUUUGCAGUGCAACGGGAAAUUUCCCCCUCAGACAAGCGACGAAAUACCCCCGAGAGACCACGACACGCGCCCAAUUUGCGUCGAAUUGUCAGGGACAAUGCAGUAUGAUGCAGCCAGUUCCGGAAUACCUAGGGAAAAGGAGAUACAGAAUGGUUAACUGUAAGCGCUUCUGAAGGACGGGCCAGGAACAGUGUGAUAUAAUACAGAAACUUGCCAGAGGGUUGGAUCAGCUAAGCUCGGCUGCAUCCCGUGUAUCCGCGCUCCGUUACGCUGCCUAAGAUAAACACACAUACAUUGCGCACUUUUUACAACGGUUUACCUUUCGAAAGGAAGAUAUAUAUAAAAAAAAAGGAUCAAUAAAAACCAGUUCCCCACAACAGUAUAUUCCGCUGCUUCCCGCGCAAGAUUCAAUUGCAGGUCUUGUAAUAAUAAUAUUGAUAAAAAAAAAAGUAAAUCUCAUCGCCAUCAUUAUACUUUCAUUAUUUCAGAUGGAAUUUAGAAACUAUCUUUUUUUUUCUCAUUCUUUCUGUUAGGCUUUUUCAGAACCCCACCCCCAGUGUUUAAUGAGAAAAUUUAUGAUAGCUUUAAAGAUUUCUAGGAGCAGCAUAUACAUAUAUAAAUAUAUAAAUAUAUAUACUUUGACUUGAAUAUUAUUGGUAGUGGAGUCCCUUUUUAUACAGCCUGUUUUGUACAAGUCUUUCUUCUUCUGCCAAGGACUCUUCGUCACAGCUGGUCGUUGCCUCUCACCGGUUGCACAGCUGGUUAAACAUAUGAUGGGUAUGUUCAAAGAAGUUCAAAUUAAGUAAGUCUCUUGUUAGUAAGUGACUCGAAAGUUAAUUUGACGGCUUCUUUAUUUUCAAGUCAAGAGAAAAAGUGUCCUCCGAAAGUAUUCCAUAUGAGUUGCAUUGUUUGAGAAUUACUUUUUUGAACACUCCCAGUUACCUACAAAGUUUGGCGAUUCUCACAGGCCUUUUGGUAAAAGAAAAGCCUUCUCUGCAAAAUGCAAUUUGAAAACCAAAUGAAAAGUCUUCACAGUCUUUGAUGGAUCGAGAGCUUAUUUUGGAAUAAGGAACGACAGUUGUUUCUGAAACGAGAAAGUGAUGCAUCCCCCUUGCAAUCUUGCCCGUUAAUCCGAAGUAAAUACAUUUAUCGAGUGUGUUUUUGAAUACUCGAAGCCUUGGCUGUACAUUUGCCUGAGAUCAUUUCGUUCGCUGCAAUUCGAUUUUUUCCCAUUUUGUAUUACUCGCAGUAAAUAGUAGUUAAUGAAAUCACUUUGCGGUUGAGACUUGGGUUGACUGGUGAUACAAAGAGGAGAGAUGCAUCAUGGUACAAACGGAUAAGCCUAGACGCCUGAAAUUUAGUCCCUUGCGGCGUCUGGGAGCAACCCUUUGUUUUUUUUUACAAGACCCUAAGAUAGUGACAGUCUCGGCUGUGUCAUCAAAAAGAUUAUGAAAUUAUCAAAAGUUAUUUCAAUAUCAAGUGACCGUUUACGAUAAGAUUUGUUUACAUUGAUCCAUCUCUUGUGUGUACCCACGAAUCUUGUGCCUGCGGUCAUUCGAUUCGGUGUACCUUUCCAUGUAUUUUUUAAACUGUUAAAACAUGAUAUUUUUUGAGCUGUGAUCUUAUAUAUUAUGGAAUAGCUGUGAAUAUGAGACAGUGUGAUGGUAAAUGAAGGAUUCUCUUCAUGAAUACAGCUGGCUGAAGGCUGCCUACUGUAAUCCAGUCAUUUACUAAAGCCUUUUCUUUCCUUCCGAAUAACAUUGUCACUAAAUAGAACAAAUGGACACUUGUAUAGUUUCUGUUAGAUCUUUCCAAGGCGAGUGAACGCAGCCAGGCUAUAGCCUAUCUCUCGGUAGAGCGGCGAUGAGACCACCCAACUCCGACCUCGGGCGAAGUCUUUGUUUUUUCUAUACACAACACCUUCAGGUAAGCCUUAUUGAAGGACGCGCCCUAGUUCGGAAGGAGCUGUUCUCGUCGCUCAUGGAAACUCUUGAGAAUGUCUUUUUGAAAAUGCAUCUUGUAGCCAUUCUUGCAGGGAGUGAGAGUCGCUAAGUUAUAGCGUCCAAUUCAGUCUAUUGCUCUCAAGGUUUUAAUCCUGACAAGGUGUGUGUGUGUAAGUUUUGUAAAUAUUACUUUGUAAGAAAUAUGCUUGUUAAGUCUGUAUUAUACUCAUAUAAAGACCAGUAUCUAGGACAUA